AUGGAUAUCAGAAGUCUUGAUGUUGGUCACUAUAGUUGCCUUUUCAUUUCCCUCUUAUGUCUGUCUCCCAUCCUACUUUUUCUUUUUGCCCAACGCAAAGCACGGCUACCACCAGGUCCAUUUGCAUGGCCGGUCGUAGGCAACAUAUUCGGCCAUGAUUGGAGGAAAGCCCAUCUUGUUCUGACCAAGCUUGCAGAAUCUUAUGGGCCUCUAAUGUCUCUGAGAUUAGGUGCAAGGCUGGUGGUGGUUGCAUCAUCACCAGAAGCAGCAAGAGAAAUACUCAAGACUCAUGAUCGGGAUCUAUCUGGAAGGUACAUUCCACAAAUAGCCAAUAUAGUGCCAGAAGUUCACACUUCUGUAAUUGCAGUGGCGACAGAAUGCAAUGACAAUUGGAGGUUUCUUCGUGGCUCAACCCACACUGGGCUUUUCUCAGCUAAGGCACUUGAAUCCUAUUCACAAAUUAGACUAGAGAAGGCGAUGGAGAUGCUAGACUUUUUGGGUUCAAAAGAUGGUGAAGUGGUAAACAUUGCAGACAUUUUAUUUGCAACUAAUGCAAAUAUUAUAGCUAAUGCUAUGGUAUCCCAAGAUAUUAUCGUGUCUUGGAAGAAUGUUGGUGAACUGAAAGGGUCCAUUAGGAAAGUAUUUGAUUGUCUCAAUCCAGGCAUAGUCGACCUUUAUCCUGCAAUUGGAGCUUUAGAUUUUUGGAGUGAGCGAAAAGCAGAAGUGUAUAAGCAAAUAACCAGAGCGAUGUGGGGUGAUAUUGUCAGCAGGAGACGAGGAGGCCGCAGGCAGGAUGUUGCAUUCUCGAACCGAGACUUUUUAGACAUCCUGAUUGAAAGUUCGUUUAAUGAUAAUCAGAUCUACUACUUCCUUACGGAACUUCUUGGUAGCUGCGUUAGCGUUAGCACAGUAACCGAAUGGGCGAUGGCAGAAUUGAUAAGAAAUGAAGAAGCCUUUUCCAAACUUCGUGAAGAAAUCAUGACAAUAGACGUUGAAGGAACAGCCUUGAGUGAGAAGCGCCUAUCCAGCUUACCAUAUUUACAAGCCUUUAUCAAAGAAACACUUAGAUUGCAUCCUCCGGAUCCAUUUCUAGUGCCUCGUUGUGCUGUGCAAACAUGCAGCGUCAUGAACUACCAGGUUCCAAAGAAUAGCUUGCUGCUUGUAAAUGCAUAUGCCAUAGGACGAGAUGAAAGAACUUGGGAAGACCCUCAAAUCUUUAAACCAGAACGAUUCCUUAGCACAAAUUUUGAUGUCAAGGGAUCCCAUUGCGAACUUCUGCCAUUUGGUGGAGGGAGAAGGAUGUGCCUUGGAUAUCCUUUGGCUCUCAAGCUGAUUCAGUUGCUUCUUGCAUCACUGGUCUAUGGAUUUGAUUGGUUCCUUCCCCAAGGAUUGGACCCAGCCAAACUUGACAUGAAUAAACAAUUCGUUGGCAUCACAUUGCGAAGGGAAAAGCCUCUGUCAUUGAUUCCAAAAAUAAGAAAUUAG